AUGCCGUACGGAACGAUGGUCAUGGGCCCUGCCGGCGCGGGCAAGACCACCUUCUGCUCGGCCUUGAUCCAACACCUCAAAAACAACAGGCGCUCGUGUUUCUACAUCAACCUGGAUCCCGCCGCCGAGGACUUUGCCUACGAGCCGGAUGUGGAUAUUAAAGAUCUGAUUACGCUGGAGGAUGUCAUGGAAGAGCUGCACCUGGGCCCGAACGGAGGCUUGAUGUACUGCUUCGAGUUCCUUCUGGAGAACCUCGACUUUUUGACCGAACCCCUCGAAAACGUCGCGGACGAAUACCUCAUCAUCAUCGACAUGCCCGGCCAGAUCGAACUCUACACCCACGUCCCCAUCGUGCCGCAACUCAUCAAGCACUUUACUCGAGGAAGUCUGAACAUCAACAUGUGCGUCUCCUACCUCCUCGAAAGCUCCUUCAUCAUCGACCGCGCCAAAUUCUUCUCUGGCACGCUCAGCGCAAUGAGUGCCAUGCUCAUGAUGCAGCUGCCUCACGUCAACAUCCUCAGCAAGAUGGAUCAGGUCAAAGGGCAGGUCGCACGGAGAGAGUUGAAGAGAUUCAUCGAUCCGGAUACGAGCUUGUUGCAAGAUGCGCCGGAGAGUGGGUUGGUUUAUGAAUACAAGGAGGGUGUGGAUAACGGGGAUGUUGAAGAACCAAAGAGCGUCAUGACGGGAUCGUCUUUCGCGAGAUUGAACAGAGGUGUCGGGCAGCUGAUUGAUGACUUCAGCUUGGUCUCUUUCCUCAAGCUCGAUGCUCAAGACGAGGACAGUGUUGGUGCCGUGUUGAGCUACAUCGAUGAUGCGAUCCAAUUCCACGAGGCGCAGGAACCUCGAGAACCGAACGAUGGCCUUGGCGAUACCGAUAUGGGGUGA